ACCUUAUAUGGUCACAAGGCAAUGAAGGCAUACCGAAAUAGCCAAGUAAGGCAGCUCGACGAAACGACGUCGCUCAUCUGGUCUUGGACGAUAAUAUAGCUUUUAGUGGAUUACGUCAUACAUAUAUGUGGAGUCGAUCGAUUCCGGUGGCCUUGCCGUUGAAGCCGGCAGUCCCUUUUCACGGCGCCCGGAAAGAUCCCUCCGUCGUGUCCCACAAAUUGAAUACUCCAUAUUCAUCGAAGUUGCAACUACCAAAUAUCCCAACCUCACAAACACAAACCCUGCUUUCUUCUUCUUCCUCUGUAACCUUACAACCCUUCAGAGCUCUGCGAAUUCGACCCUCUCCCGAAUUGGGCCUCGCCUCUCUCCUCUUCGUCCUCUCCACGGCUUUUGCUGCGCUUCUAUCCCUUGCUAUAUUUUCCAUUCCAACAACCAAGUCUUUGAGAAAAUUGGCAGCUUCAAUGGAGAAGCUCUCCGAUGUGGUCUCGCAGGAGGUACCUGGAACUCUGCUUUCUCUGAAACUGUCUGGCCUUGAGGUCAAUGAUUUGACCAAACAGCUUAGCAGUAUCAGGCAGAUGAUUUCUGCAACUGGCUGGGGGAAGAGUUCAAAGUGACGUUUGUUGUUGAUUCGAUUUGUAUGCAUGUUAAGGCACUAAAGUGUAGAGUCAGUAACUUCGUUCUAGCUUGGUGUGAGCAGUAUCAGUAUGCUCUGUACAUAAUGUAAGCUUGCUUUAGUAUCAGUUAAUCAAGUUUGAAUUCAACAAUGCCAACUACUAUAUGAUUAAUAAAGUGAGAACUUUGGCUCUCGGGGAUAAUGAU